AUGUCCGCUUCAAACACAGAUGACACUCCUGAAACUAUCAAUUACAUAGGAUUCAAUCAAGAUUCUAAAAUCAUAUCGGUCGGCCACAAAGAAGGCUACAUGUUCUACAAAACAGCCGACAUCCUCGAGAAUUCCACCCUCACAUGCGAAGGACAAAGCCUGAAUCACCUGGGUCUCAAUAACUGUCUGAUCAUCGAGCGGCUCUUCUCAUCCGCUCUGAUGGUUGUCAUCUCCCAGAAGGAUCCACGUGUUCUACACGUCUAUCAUUUCACCAGCAAGAAUAUAAUUUGCGAUCACCGAUUCAACAAAUCGAUUCUCACCGUCAGACUGAAUAGAGAUAGAAUCGUGGUAUGUUUGGAGGAUUGCAUCUAUAUCUACAAUCUGAAAGACAUGAAAAUGAUGCAUAAUAUUAUGGAUACCCCAAUGAACAAACUCGGAGUUGUGGAUCUCACCAGUAAACCAGGGAAUGCUUUGAUUGCUUAUCCUGGAAGCACCGAUACUGGAUCUGUUCAUCUCUUCGAUGCAAUCAACCUCUCGUCAGUCAACACAUUCGUUGCUCACGAGGGAACUUUGGCUUGUCUGAAAUUCAAUCAAGAUGGAAAUAUGAUUGCCACUGCUAGUACAAAAGGAACUGUCAUCCGAGUCUACUCUGUUCCAACUGGAACUCGUAUGUUCGAGUUCCGACGUGGAGUUUCUCGUUGUGUCACCAUCUACUCUCUUUGCUUCUCAUGUGAUUCCAAAUAUCUUGCUUCUUCUUCAAAUACAGAAACAGUCCAUGUCUUCAAAUUGGAAAAACCCGAAGGAGACGAUAAACCAGAAGCUGCAAAUGAGAGUGCUGGCUGGUUUGAUACCAUCAACAAAACUAUCUCUGCAUACAUGCCAACUCAAGUCUUGCAAGUCUCAGAAUUUAUGACAACGGAGCGAAGUUUUGCUACUGCUAAGCUCCCAGGUGCCACUAGGACCAAUCAAGUCGCUCUUGUUUCCAACAAAAAUCAGCAAUACGUGAUGGCUGCCACUUCCGAUGGAUUCGUCUACGCUUACCGAUUGGAUCCAGAAGGCGGUGAACUCGAUCUCAUCAAACAACAUCGUAUCGGGCCAAAAACCGAGUCAUGCCGUAUCAGUCCACUUGGAACUGGUGGAAAGUCUUCUGAUAGCAAUCAAACUGUUCCAAAUAUGGAUGAUCCCGAUGACUUCCCACCAAUGAGCCAUACCAGUGGUUAA